AUGUCUAACCAUGACAAUGAGAGAAACCACAAGCUUCGUCCAUUCACGACACCACAAUUGCAAUUCCAAACACCAGGCACUGAUACCACCACAGAAAACCACCAUCGCACACUAUCCUCCACAAUCGCUCGCCGCCCUCGUGGGCGUCCCCUUGGCUCCAAAAAUAAGCCUAGGAUUCCUGCCAUAGUCACUCAUGACCGUCCUGAUGCACUAACUUCUCAUGUUCUUGAGAUCACAACUGGUUCAGAUGUUUUAAAGAGUCUUUUUAAUUACACUCGUCGUAAUGGGAGGGGUAUUUGCAUCCUCGGGGGAAAUGGAGUGGUGACGUAUAUCAAGCUUCGUCAACCAACAGGUAAAGUUUUAACCAUUAAGGGAAAGUUGCAAAUUCAUUCAAUAUCUGGUACAAUUUUUCCGCCCCCGACAUCAGGAGCUACUGGAGGAUUGACAGUUUACUUAUCAGGACCAAAGGGACGUACGUUUGGGGGAAGUGUGAUGUCCCCUAUGGUGGCGUCGGACUCAAUAACUUUGAUGGUUGUUUCUUUUGCAAACAUUGCACCUGAAAAAAUUUCUUCGAUGGCAUAA